AACAGUUAUAUAUACAGUUGUGCCUAAAAGUUUGUAUACCCCUUGCAGAAUCUGCUAAAUCUGAAUACUGUUAAUAAAAUAAGAGGGAUCAUAAAAAUCCCAUGUUGUUUUUUAUUUAAUCCUGUCCUGAAUAAGCUAUUUCACAUAACAGAUGUCUUUUUUUUGUGUGUGUGUUUUUAUUUAUUUAUUUAUUUAUUUAUUUAUUUAUUUUUUAAAUUUGUCUUUAAACAUUAAACAUUAGUAAGCAUUUCUUAAGCAUUAGCUAACCAGUAAGCCAAAUUCUAGGUUUGUCUGAGUUAGCACAAAAUGAAAUUGAUAGAUAGGUUGACUGAUUUAUUAAUUAAUUGAUUGAUUGAUUAACUGACUGACUGAGAAGAAAAUGAGUCAUUGGAAUGUUAAUUUGUAAUAAUUAAAAUGAUUUCCUUUCACUCCCUAACACUUGAGUAUGUCUAUUUGUUUACUUUUGGCUUCAUACUUUUUAACUGAGAAAGAUUUUUGACUUUUACUGACCUACACCCUAACUGUAGUCUCUGAGAGGCUAACGCUAAAUAAAACGCAGUUUUCCAGAAUGCUCGAUCCGGCGCAUGCGCAGAAGCGCCUCCCGAGCCGCCAUCAUGGCCGACCAGUGGCCGGAGUGUGUGAACCGUGUGAAGGGAGUGAUUUUAGACAUGUGUGGUGUUUUAUACGACAGCGGAGAGGGAGGAGGAGUGCCGAUUGAAGGCUCGGUGGAGGCCGUCAGAAGGUUAAAAUCCUCGGACCUGCAGCUACGUUUCUGCACGAAUGAGACGCAGGCCACGCGGGAGAAGUUCGUAGCCAAGCUGCAGCGUAUGGGCUUCGACAUCGACGUCAGAGAGGUGUUCUCCCCCGCUCCGGCUGUCGUGUCCGUCCUGAAGGAGCGCUGCCUCCGACCCCACCUGCUGGUGCAUGAUGAUCUGCUACCAGAGUUCGACGGAGUGGAUAAAUCCGAUCCGAACUGUGUGGUGAUCGGCGACGCUGCUGAUAAUUUCUCUUACCAGAACAUGAACGCUGCAUUUCACGUCCUCAUCUCACUGGAUAAACCGCUGCUGUUCUCCAUGGGCAGAGGACGUUAUUAUAAGGAGACAGACGGCCUGAAGCUGGAUGUUGGAGUGUAUAUGAAAGCUCUGGAGUAUGCGUGUGAUUUGGAAGCAGAGGUGGUGGGCAAACCUGCACCCAUGUUCUUCCAGAGUGUUCUCAAUGACAUGGGCAUCCAACCGCACGAAGCGCUGAUGAUCGGUGAUGAUCUGGUGAAUGAUGUUGGAGGAGCUCAGCGGUGUGGUAUGAAGGGUCUUCAGGUCCGGACGGGUAAAUACAGGCUGAGUGAUGAGACACACCCUACGGUUACUGCUGAUGGAUACGUGGACAAUCUGGCCUGCGCUGUGGACGCCAUACUGGAACACCGCCGCGUUUAGAGACGUCUCUGAUCUCUGACCUGCUGAGAGGAACUUUAACCUGCUGACUAACAACAAUUACACUAAUUAUCACUGAUUAAUUACUCAUUAUCACUAAAUAAUUACUAAUUAUCUGUGUAAAACUACCGUCUAAAGGGAUAUUACACUGGUUUCUUCCAAGUCUUCAUAGAGCAUAAUAUGAAAUAUAUGAUGUAUUUUUGCUAAAUCAUCUUUGUGUCAUCGUGGUAAUGUUAGCUAACGUUAGCUAGGUUUUCCUGUACCCGUGAUUGUAACUUGCUCUGCUGCUGGUUUCAUUAAAUAGCUAAAUAUCCUGAUUAUUUGUUCAAACCAGUGUGCUAAUCUGGCUAGCUAGCGUUAGUGAUAAAGACAUGGUGGUUGUUAUGGUAACGAUACUGAAAUCCAGUUCGUGUCAAAUCUCACUGUGACAUAUCUGUGCUAGUUUACUAGCAUUUGACUAGCCAGCUUUGCUAACCUUAUAACCAUACUACGCUACCUUGAAUGGCAGGAAGACGGUCACGGGGGUGUUUUGCAUAGAUUUGCAUAUUUUUGCAUAUUCAGUUUCUGUCCUUGUAGAGAUGGGUUUAAGCUAUUUUUAGUCAUUUCUUGAGCAGUGAAAACAUUUUAAACAAAUGUUCCCACAGACUGGCUCAGUGUGUGUGUGUGUGUGUGUGUGUGUGUGUGUGUGUUUCAGUGGGAAUGUAAUGCAGCAGGGACUUUAUCACUAAACACUAUAAAGAAUGUAUGUUAAAUGGACUGUACCAUGUUGACAUUUUGCUUCUCUGUGUUCAGAUUAGAUGUGAGAGGGAAAGAGAGAGCGAGACAGAGAGAGGGGGAGAGAGAGAGAGAGAGAGAGAGAGUAAACAUAUAGUUCACCACAGUGUUAUGAUUCUGCCUGGGGAGGUUUCCACAACAUCAUACUGUACUGUAGUGCGUGUUAACAGCUUGUUGAGUAAGAAAACAUACACAAUAGACGUUUUUUUAACCUGGACGCAGAUUUUAGGUCCUGCUAAACCCCAGACAUGAACGCGUGUACGGAAAACUCCUGUCUCAGAGAAUUUGUAAUACCGUCAGUCUCACGCAUGUUGUAUUUGAUGUUUGUGGAAAAAUCGUGGAUCUCUCUAGGCCUCGUAUUGAACACACAAAAAAGAGUCAAAUAAUACACAGUACUACAAUAGAUGGCAUGAUGGCGUGGAACCGCAGCAGCUGACUUCGCAUAUCGAAACAUAUUCGACCUUUUCUUAUAAGGUCCUCACUUUCUGCUGGCUCUUGGGAGACUUUCAGAAGCGCUACGCUUUGGACCGGUGAUUACAGUCGAGGUUUUAUUGCACUCUAAAGAUAUAAAGAGAUGGAAGAUAAAACAGGCACAUGAGGCAUGAGGCGUGAGGCGGGCUCGUACCGAGACGGAGCGUGGCGUCCUCAAACGGAGUGCAUAGUCCGCGGAUCUUUAGUGCACCGAAAGUUUUUACAAAAUGUAUCUCUUUGUAGUAAAUUUGUGUAGAUAUUUAUGGUAGUAAAUGAUUAAAAAGAUUAAUAAUACGUAUAUUUUAUGCAUUCAUGACUUACUAAGCUUAGCAAGACUCCAAAAAAUGUCAUCAUUGAUGGCAAUUAUUGAUGUUCUCUCUCCUGAAUUCGAGAAACCGCAACGAAGCGUAAACUCCUCUGUCCUGAAGCUGCGGGGAAACUUAACGUUACAGCUUCACCUCUGACACUGGAGACUCCUUCCCCAAGUGUAACAGGAAACGCCACCGCAUCGACAAUUUCUCAAAUCUCUUUAGGUGCUCAUUAGUCCCUGUGAACGAGCUGUUACCAUAGAAACGGUUUGCAGCUGCGCUACUGUCAGAGCUGCUGUCAUAGAAAAUUCACCAACACCUGCUGACCAAUCAGAAUCCAGAACUCAGCAGUGCAACUGAGAGUCUGUAUGA